AUGAAAAACUCGUCUCUCGCGGGUUGGGUUCCAGAGAUCCAUCAUUCCAUUCUCGCUUACAUCGCAAACAUUAAUGCCGAGAAAAAUCCCAAUAUCGAGACUCUGGUUUCGUUUUACCAGUUCCUUUUGAAAGAAAUAAGCGCCAAGCCCGCAGCGAUUGAUUGCACCAAUUUGCGGCUAAUUUAUCUUCCCGAGUUUGAGAGCAAGGCUUCGCUGUUAGUUGAUGCCCUAAUUACGUCCUUCAUUUAUGCGUCCAAAUUAUCAAAUCAAUUGGCCCGGUUUUGUGGGUUCUUCAUCUUUCCAAAUGAAGAUGUUACUCCGCUCAUUGUGAUUCGGCAUUUUCUUGAACACGACUUUAGCGAAUCCAUAAAUUCCAGUCUUUUGCGCCAUUCGAUCGGGGUAACAAGAUCGCAUGCCGAGCCGCUGUAUGAUUUACUCCACUCAUUUUGGAUUAAAAACCCUGCAGAUUGCGAUAAGCUGGCUCCUAUUGUGUCUGCGAAAAACAUGAGCGAAGUCCAGACGUGCCAAUUAUUCCUUGCCACGUGGAAAUUGCUAUGGAACAUUCUUCAGUUGACCAUAUCGUGUGGAAACGUUAACGCGCACAAUAACUGUGUUCUGGCUUUUCUUUGCAAUCUUUUUAGACACGUUUUAACGGUCAAAAAAAACUCGCUGUUGUUGCCGUUGCCUGGCUUUGAGAACCAAGAGGAAGGUGUAAAUGCCUUUGCCAAGUAUUUUUCUUCUUGUGAAUGGUUUUCGACCCUUUUGUCCUUUAUUGGAACAUCCUCUGCCGAAGCUGAAAGGUCAAUGGAAAAGCGACUUGCUUUGGAGCUGAUUGAAGAUUUGCUAUAUUGGUGGACAGAAAGGCGUGCCUUUCUUUGUCCAUCUUCGUGCGUAUCGAGCCCAAAUGUUACCAUUAUCGCCCAGAUUCGGAUUUUGCUUACUUCGAGCGGAAGGCUUGACGAGCCCGAGCGAAAGCGUCUUACGGGUCUUUUGAACACCUACCUCCAAUUCUGCCCGGUAAAGGUGAAGCCAAUCAUGGCCGCCUCCGAAAAUGUAUUGACACAAACCAAAAUGAUGGCAAGUAAAGAAAAAAUGCCGUUAAAUAUGAACGUCUUGAAAAAGAAGGCCCUCCCAAAUGACGAAAUGCCUGUCUUUUCAUUUACCGAGCAUGUAAGAGCGUCCAAAAAGAUCUGCUUGCCAAUGGAGAAGAAACUUGCCUCAAUAUGUAGCCAGGAAAAUCUUCGCAAGCUGGUUCCCUCCUAUUUGAGCAAGAGCUCGCCAUCGUCUAAACAAAGUUCACAAAUUUGCUCGAAGAGCACUUUUAUCUCUUCUCGAUUGAAACAGGUAAGAGCAAAGUUGGUUAAAGAUACCAUGCUUGCAUCUGUUGCCUCCCCAAGGCGUGUUGCACACCAGAAGGUCAAUAGCUAUGAAACCAUUUCUACAGAUGAAGAGGAGGAUAAAGGCGACCUAUGCGCAGCGACCAGCGAUGCUAUUUUGGCUCUCUCCACCUCUAAAGGUUUGAUCGAUUUAACCGGUAUGGAAAAGCACCGGCCACUGGGAAUUGACUCUGGAAUUCAAAGCAAGCCAAUCCAGGUGAUCAAUAACGUUGUUGGUACUGUUGCUCAACCGGUGGCUGCCGUAUCCAAAUCAUCGGCUAGAAGUAUCCGUGGAAUUAGGCCUGUAUUGGAUCUUCCCUCUUUGCAAAGAAAAAUCCUGUCCUGGAAUCUUGAAGCAAUCACAGAGGUAUCGGGUAAAAAGGAUAAUGCGACAGCACCAGAAAAUAUUCCUUCCAAAUUUACGGAUGCUACUCAUUAUGCUCGGAUCUUUGAGCCUUUGUUGCUGCUCGAGUGUAAAGCCCAAGUUGUUAAAAGCAUUGAAGAAAUCGGCGGGCUUGAUUCUGCAAAGGUAUUUAGCAGCGACAAUUUUGACUGGUCAGAAUAUGUUCUGAAUUCGGUCAAUAUGAUCGACGAUUUUUAUGACGUCCAGUUCAUUUUCAAGCCAUCAUCCUCAAGCUGUGGUAGCACAGGCCCGAGUACCAGGAAAGUGGGCAUAUUUGAUGUCCCGUUACUUGAGCAUGAUUUGGCAUAUUUAGAAUCGUGCGAUAAAUCUCUCAAGGCAUCUGCCAUUGUGGUCGGCAGUGUUUCCAUCAAAGGCGGCGAGGCUUUCAUAACACUUCGGUUUCGCCCUGGGGUUGACGCGAGAUGGGGAUCCAUUUUCAGAGAAGGCUCGGUCUGGAAAAUCAUGAAGAUUACUCCAUUGGUGACGGUUGUACGAGAAUAUCUUGCACUCUCCAAUAUCUCUUGUUCUCCCUAUCUUUCUUUUCUAUUAGAACCUUAUCUUUUGACCGAAAAAGGACGCGAUAUUAGCGCAGAUGUCGUUGGAAAUACCAGGCAGCUGCWWGCAGCUGCCCAGUUUUCGCUCAACGAAAGCCAACAGCUAGCUAUCGCUUCGGCUUUGCAUAAGGAUGCCCAGAUAUCUCUUAUUCAAGGUCCUCCGGGAACCGGAAAAACAACCACUUUACUCGCCCUUGUUUAUUCUAUUCUUAAUCGAUCUUCUUUUGGAGCCACGGGGCCGGCUCCCGUUUCUUUAAAUAAUUCUCGAGUUACCCAAGCGUCAAACCUCCUGGGUAGCAUGUCAACAUCGACACUGGUAUCUUCAAAUCGGCCAAUUCUGAUCUGCGCCCCAUCUAAUGCGGCCGUUGAUGAAAUUGUUAAAAGGUUUCUGGACUCUGCUGCAUUUGCAAACCGCUCCAUUGUCCGGGUCGGUUCUCAGGAAGUUAUCUCGGAUGACAUCCGUCAUAUUUCUCUCGAUUGCCUAUUAGAAGAGUCUGAAAAGGCUGCUAAAAAGUAUUCUGCCGACUCGGCGUCCUCGUACAGUCAAUAUUUGGAGACGUUUUGCAGCACAAAUUGGUCCCCUUGCGAUGCCCCCAAAAAGGGCUUCACAAAAAGCGACGUUGAUGCUCGAAAAAGAACCGUCCAGUGCCAGUUGGACGAGGCAAGAUCGAUUUUUUGUAACACCGCGGGAUCUGUGAUCAACAGAAUCGAAGAAACCAGAGCGGCAGCCAGAAGCCGCAUCCUUCAAAGCGCCUCUGUGAUUGCUGCUACGCUUUCAGGAUCAGGGCACGAUUUCAUUGUAAAGUUGGACUCCAUAUUUUCGUCGAGCAACACUUCGCCGUUGACGAAUUCUUAUUUGUUUGGGUAUGUACAGAAUGUUUAUCUAUUUAGUGCCAAUGGCUCCGUUACGUUUGAUGCGAUUGUUAUUGACGAAGCUUGCCAGGCAGUGGAGUUGUCGACCCUUAUUCCUCUUCGCUAUUCCGCCAAAAGAGUGAUUCUUGUUGGCGAUCCAAACCAGCUACCGCCAACAGUUAUAUCCAAGGAGGCAUCCUCCUUUGCUUAUGAGCAAUCCCUCUUCACCAGGAUCCAGAGAAAUUGCCCUUCUAUUGUUAAUUUGCUUACCGUUCAAUAUCGGAUGCAUCCCUCAAUAUCGGCCUUUCCUUCGAUGUUCUUUUACAAUGGCCGAUUAAUAGACGGGCCAGACAACGCUAGAGCCACCGCUAGGGAGUGGCAUUCAAACCAUCUUUUAACCCCAUAUCUGUUUUACGAUGUGCGAGGUCAAGAGAGUAAAAGGGAGGAGCACUCCAUUGGUCGAAGCGAGUCUAAAAGGGCGGGCCGUUCUGUGCAUUCUCUCAACAACACGGCGGAGGCAAAUGUUGUCUUGGGAUUAGUGAAGCUUUUAUGCUCGGAGUUCCCAUCGAUUUCGGUAACCUUUCGUUGCUUUAAUGUUGCAGUUUUCGGGGCGGAUUGGCAUUAUCUCGCCAUAUCGUGA